AUGGAGAAAUAUCAAUUCAUUAAACAAGUUGGUGAUGGUGCAUAUGGUGACGUUAUAAAAGCUAUAGAUGUGAAAACUGGUGAGAUUGUAGCAAUAAAAAGAAUGAAAAAGAAAUUUAGUGAUUGGAAAGAGUGUAUUCAACUUCGAGAAAUUAAAGCAUUGAAGAAAUUAAAGCAUCCAAAUAUUGUCAAACUUUUAGAAAUCAUUUUAGAACGUGAUGAAUUAUUCUUUGUUUUUGAAUACCUUGAAAAUAAUCUCUAUGAGUCAAUUAAAGAUAGAACAAAAUUAUUACCUGAAACAACAAUUAGAAAUAUAAUAUAUCAAAUUUUACAAGCAUUGCAUUUUAUGCAUACAAAUGGAUUCUUUCAUAGAGAUUUAAAACCAGAGAAUAUAAUGUUGGUUGGGGAGAGAUUAAAGAUAGCAGAUUUUGGAUUGGCAAGAGAGAUUGAGUCAAAGCCACCAUUUACAGAUUACAUUUCAACUAGAUGGUAUAGAGCACCAGAAGUGCUAUUGAGAUGUACUUAUUAUAAUGCACCAAUUGAUAUUUGGGCAGUUGGUGCGAUUAUGGCAGAACUAUACUCUUUGAAACCAAUGUUCCCUGGUUCAAGUGAAAUUGACCAAUUGUUUAAAAUCUGUACCAUUAUGGGAUCACCAACAUCUGCAACUUGGAUCGAUGGUAUUAAAUUGGCAAAUUCGAUGGGUUUCACUUUCCCAAAUGUUCAACCACCUUCAAUCAAUCCAUUAUCAACACUAUUACCAAAUGCAAAUCAAGAUGCAAUUGAAUUAAUCACUGAUUUACUUCAAUAUGAUCCUUUAAAAAGACCAACUCCUUUACAAGCUUUACAACAUAGAUAUUUUAAAGUUUCAAUACCUUCUUCAAUUUUAUUAAAACCAAAUUUCAUUGAGCUUUCAAAUAAAUAUUUAAUUAAAAAUGGUUAUAUAAAUAAUAAUAUUAAUAAUAAUUCUAAUUAUUCAAAUAAUAAUAAUAAUAAUAAUUUAAAUUCAAAUAGUGAGAAUUUAAAUAAUGUAAACAAAAAUAAUCAACAACCACAUUCACCACAAAAAAUUCAAACACCAAAACCAAAAAAUAGUUUUUUAAGAAAAUCAAGAUAUUCUUAUUUAAAUAAUGUAUCAUUAGAAAAUGUAAAUAAUAAUAAUAAUAAUUAUAAUAGUAAUACAACAAGUGGGUAUUAUAAUCAAAAAUUAGAUUCAACACCUAGAUUAUCACCAAGAAUCGUUAGACAGCAACAACAACAAAUUUUAUUACCUUUAAUAAUACAACAACAACCACCACCACAAUCACAACCACCACAAUCACAACCACCUCCACAAUCUCAACCACCUCCAAUUUUAACACAACAACAACAACAACAACAACAACAACAACAACAACAACAACAAUUACCAUCAAAAACAACGAUUUAUCAUAAUACCAAUCAUUUAAAUGCUCCGAUACCACCAAAUCAUCAAAGAGGAAUUUCACCACAAUUCUAUAAUGAAACAACAAAUAAUUCGAAAUUGUAA